CCCGCCCCCUGGGAGCCCCGCCAGUUCCCGGCGUCCCGCGGCGGCUGCAGCGGAGCCGGCGGGGAGGCUGCUCGGGAUCCUGCCCGUUCCCUUGCCUGUCCCCCUGCCCUCUGCUCUGCCCGGUCCCCUGCCCGUUCCCCUGCCUGUCCCCAUGGAGCUGCUGUGCGUGGAAGCCGUUCCCCGCGUCCCCCGCGCCGGCCGUGACCCGCACUUACUGGGGGACAGGCGGGUGCUGCAGAACUUGCUGAGCCAGGAGGAACGCUACAGCCCCCGCGUUUCCUACUUCCAGUGCGUCCAGCGGGAGAUCAAGCCGUACAUGCGGAAAAUGUUGGCCUUCUGGAUGCUGGAGGUGUGUGAGGAGCAGAAGUGUGAAGAAGAGGUCUUCCCCCUGGCCAUGAAUUACGUGGAUCGCUACCUGUCCUCUGUCCCCAUGAGGAAAAGUCACUUGCAGCUCCUGGGAGCUGUCUGCAUGCUCCUGGCUUCCAAGUUGAGGGAAACCAUGCCCCUGACUGUGGAGAAACUCUGCAUUUACACAGACAACUCCAUCACUCCCCAGCAGCUCCUGGAUUGGGAGGUUCUAGUCCUGGAGAAGCUAAAGUGGGACCUGGUCUCAGUGAUAGCAAACGAUUUCUUGGCUCACAUCCUCCAUCACCUCCCACUGCCUCAGGACAAGAUGGAGCUGGUGAAGAAGCAUGCACAGACUUUUAUUGCCCUGUGUGCCACAGACUACACUUUUGCCUUGUACCCGCCCUCCAUGAUUGCCACGGGCAGUAUUGGAGCAGCAAUCCAUGGCCUGACCAUCUCUGUGAACAACUUCACUGGGGAGGCCAUCACGGAGCUGCUGGCCAGCAUCACGGGCACGGAGGUGGACUGUCUGAAAGCCUGUCAGGAGCAGAUUGAAGCAGCCUUAGCUGAGGGGCUGAAACAGGCAUCCCAAACCCAACAGGAAUACAGCGCUGCCAAGACUGCCGCAUACACAGCCAGCCAGCCCACGGGCACCCCGACAGACGUCACAGACAUCAACCUGUGACCCACUGCCCCUUCCCCAGAGACACCCAGCACCACAGGACCUCGCCCUGGACACCCUACACGUUGCUGCAUCCCACCUACCCAUCUGGCUGCCCCUUCCAUCCAUCACUUGCUGAGGAUUUGUUCCAUGGAGCAGGAUCCGGGCUCGUCUGCGGGCAGCUGGGCUGGCGGUGGCUGCUGCAGGUGGCUGGGGUGAGGUGACUCUUUUCCUGGUGGCAGGGCACAAGGAUUGCUGGGGAGAGGGGGAGCAGGACCCAAAAUGAAGCUGUAAAAUAUUUCUCAAGUUUGUGUUCCUUGUAGCCUGCCUGGCUUCCACCUCCUUCAGGUGGGGGGAGUUGCUGUGAUGAGCUCCAGCCCCGCGUGGGCCAUCAAUCAUGGAUAUUGAGUCUGUGCAACCAAAAUCCUUCCAACCCUUCAACCUCCCUCCCUGGGCUGAGGUGCUGUGGGGCUCAGGAGAGAGAACUGAGUGUCUGGGAGGAGGGGGCAGGUGCUUGUUGCCCCUCUGCUCCCAUUGCUUGGUGCCAGAUUGCUCCAGGGCUGCUUCUGCUGGGAAGGGAAACGUGUGGCUUGUUCCUUGUUGCUGUUAGAUUUGGGGUUUGUGGGGUUUGGGGCUUUCUAGGCGAGGUGGGGAUGUGCUCCCCAUCUGUGUGGACAGCAGAAGAAUCCUUACCUUGGGGGGGGGGGCAGCCUCCUGGGUGAGAUGAGGGCACACAAGGGGAAGGUUUCCCCCCAGUGCAAACCCCAACAAGUCCCCCCUCUCCCCCCCCUUGGCUUUCUGCUGCCCCACUGAGGCUGCUUAAUUUAUUGUUAACUGCUGGGAAAUGGGGAGGGAGGAAGAUUUUGCAGUUCCUUGGUGUGGGGCCUGGCUGCUGGUCUCCUCUCCUUCCAAAAGUGCCUUCACCCUUUGUCCCCUUCCCUGGCUCCCUGGGCAAUGGUUUGUUGUUUGUUUUUUUUUUAUAGGUAGCUUAGGCAUCAGACUAGGUUAUAAGAAAUACAUUUGAAUGUGCUGCUAUAGUCUGAAAUGCAUCUUCACUCCUCCGAGGCAGGGAUCUGGGAUCAUGUUCAGGAGGGGGCUGUGUUGCAUCCAGCUCCAUGUGGGUCCUCGUUGGACCCACAGGGUGGGAAAUGUGCUGCACACUUGAAAAGCAAUUGCAUUUUUGUAUUGUUGUUGUUGAACCUGUCUGCUAGUUUUUAUAAAAAGUGUUUAAAACAAA